AAACGUCGUAAGAAAUAAAUCCAAUUGCAAACAAAAGGUCAUAUGAUUGGUGGUUUAUGGCACAUACCAAGAAAUAUCGGCCGGAGACUUCCAGUGGCUAGAAUAAUUCUACGAAACUAUAAGGUAUUGGCCUUAGAGUCCUCAUGUGACGACUCUUGCCUUGCCCUCCUACAGAAGAUGCCUGGCCAAACAGCACCUGUUGUGCUAGAUGAGAUGAAAAGAACUCUAAAUUCACAACCGUUUGGAGGGAUUAUCCCUACACACGCACACGAGUUCCACCAGAAGCACAUUGGUAACAUGUUACAAGAUUUCUGUGCUAAAAACGGUCUUGAUUCUGUUCCUCCAGAUCUCAUUUGUUGCACCAGAGGACCAGGUAUGGUGGGAUCUUUAUCUGUAAGUCUCCAGCUUGCCAAAGGGCUUGCAAUAGCAUGGAAUAAACCGUUGAUCGGAGUAAACCAUAUGCUAGGGCAUAUUUUGGUUUCAAAGCUUACAUCUACCCCACAAUACCCGUUUUUAAGUUUACUCGUGAGCGGAGGCCACACCAUGCUAGUACACCUGAAAUCAAUAUCAGACCAUGAAAUUUUGAUCGAUACUUGUGAUAUUGCUGUGGGCGACUCUAUCGACAAGUGUGCACGGCAGAUUGGUUUGAAGGGCAAUCUUUUGGGAAAAGAGUUGGAAGAAUAUGUGGACUCGAUUCCCGAAUGUGUCAAGUUGCAGCUUGAUGAGAUAUCAACAGAAACUCGAAACAAUGAGUUCAAUUUCCAGCUCAAGUUGCCUUUGAGAGGUCCACAUAACAAGGCGAUUCCCGACGAGCUCCAGUUCACAUUUGCACCAUUUUUAAGCACCAUUCAGCAUUAUAUGAAAAACCACUCAUUAGAUGAAGGCUCGAAGCAGUUCAUUGCGUACAAAACUCAAAAUCACUUAUUUGAGCACAUUAUCGACAGAGUGAACGUAGCUCUAGAGAAGCAUGGAGUGGUGGAAACCAUCAGAACCAAAGGAGAUUCUAAGUUCCAAGGUGUACGAGAUUUGGUGUUUUCAGGUGGAGUAGCAUCCAAUAAAACAUUCAGGAAGUUACUACAAAAGGGCCUUAACACCAAACUUUUAGGAGCAGAGCCCGAUUCUUUCUCCUUCCACUUUCCGGAUAUCUCUUUGUGCACCGACAAUGCAGUUAUGAUUGGGGUGGCAGGAAUCGAUAUAUUCGAGAACCUUAAGAUUAAGACUGACAUGAGCGUGUUGCCCAUUCGAAAAUGGCCCAUGAACGAAUUAUUAACGGUUGAUGGGUGGAUCAAGGUUCUGGAAGACGAAGUAAACGAAGUGACAUGUAAAUAGACACCAAUGUUAGCGGUACCCUGUAAAUAUUUUAAUUGAAAACGUAGUUAACGGAUAUACAGUAAUAUACAAUGGUGUGAGGUAACUAGUAUCAUACCUUGGUGGCUAGUUAUCCAUCCUAAUCAUUCAAUAUCCUCAUCCUCGUGGAAAUCGGGUCUGGGGGUGGACAGCUGGUUUGCUUCAUCUUCAUCAUUAUCAGCAUCUUCAUCAUCAUCUUCAUUAUCAUCAUCAUCAUCAUCAUCUGCCUGGUCCCAGACUUCACCUUCAACAUCUCUAUGACCAAGGUACCCUUCGGUUAUGUUAUACUUCUCUAUAAGAGUCUGCCAUGUAAAAUAGUCAAAAGAUGCAAUGUGAUGUGAGUUUUUCUCACCUCUUUCCUCAUGCAUAAGAUCUCCUGGAGAAGCAAUACCCACACUUGUGAUCAUAGGGAUUCCAUUACCAUCUUUAAAGAGUCUCAACCUCCCGUCUCGGAUCAAGAAACUCGUGAAGAACAAGUUUUCAACCGACUGUGAGAAAGACGUAGGAUCAAUGAAGAACUUGAAGAAGUUAAUGGCAUCAGAAUUUCCUUUCUGCUUUUUUCGGAUCUCAGCAAAUACCGACCGUACUAUCGUAGCAGUGUUUUGUGUAUCAGUUUCUAGGUCAUUUGCAGUCACCUGCUGAGCGGUGGUCAGGGUCAACCCACGGGUGUCAUCGACUCGACGGCUUCUAUUAAUCACUCUUUUUUCAGACUCCAAAGGCCCAUUUAAAAACUCCAUUGGUAUUGGUUUGUUACUGGUUUUGUAGUAUAAGAGACCUAACUUCAACCAGCUGAAACCGUUGAACUUCUCUUCCAUGAGGUUGGAAUCCACAUAUUCCUCUUCUGUUUCCUCCUGUGGCUCUUGCUUAGUUCUUCCCAAAUACAACUUGAGUUUGUGAACAAAUUCUUCUGAGUUUAACGCUACCCCCAAAUCACCGAACUUGAGAUUCCUGGCAUUUAUGGAUGCGUACGCUGAUGUUUCACUCAACGCCUGGGAAUCAGAGUGGUAAACAGCCAUUUUGGAAGAACUCUUCACGUUUGCAAACAAGUCGUGAAGCUCUGUUAGAUGCUUUAAAAUCAUGGACCCGGCCUUACCCUGAUACGCCAAAUGAGCAUCGUCUUUCAACUUCUUUCUGUACCCAUCGUACUGCUGAGCGACCUCAUACGUGCUGGCUCUCUUCAGCAUAACCUUCCAAUGAUUCGAAUGAUAACUGUGCGGUA